AUCACCCAACGGCCUUUGGGAUGUAGAGGAACAAAUUUGCGGAGAGAUCGCAGACUGUUGCAAGAAACGCAAGGUUGUGAUAGCAGGAGGCGGACGCAGAGUCUGUCGAAGUGAGGCAAAGCAACAGCGAGGUCAUGGACCCUAAACAGAUCACAGAGGACCCGCCGGCCUCGUCCCUGACGGCGGCAGGCGGCCGGAGCAUGGACCCGCUGGAACGGAGCCUCCCGACCAUCGCUUCGAUCAACACCUCGUACUCGCGGUGCCAGGCCGGCCCGGGGGCACCGUGGCCGGCCCCGGCGGGGAGGAGGGCCAUCUCGGACGUGCGCCGGACCUUCUGCCUGUUCGUCACCUUCGACCUGCUCUUCGUCUCGCUGUUGUGGAUCAUCGAGCUGAACACAAAAGAUGGCAUUGAGAAGAAUCUGAAGGAAGAAAUACUUGAUUAUGAUUUCAGAAAGUCAUUUUUUGACAUCUUUUUAUUGGCCGUCUUCCGGUUCCUGGUGUUGCUGCUGGCCUACGCCAUCCUCAGGCUGCGUCACUGGUGGGCCAUCGCGAUUACGACUUUAAUUACCUGUGGCUUUCUAAUUGUAAAAGUCAUUCUCUCAAUACAGUUUCAGACUAGAGGUGCCUUUGGCUACGUCCUGCCGAUCGUUUCCUUUCUACUCGCCUGGGUGGAGACCUGGUUCCUUGAUUUCAAAGUCCUGAUCCAAGAGGUGGAGGAUGAGAGAUCGUUGCAGGCAUCGCAGACGAUACCCAGAGGCCCUGGCUACCUGUACCCCAGCGCUGUGUCAGAGGGCCAGUUCUACUCUCCACCAGAGUCCUUCACAGGUUCCGAUGAAGAAGACGAGGAAGGCCAGGGGAGGGUAGCAUCGACACCUCAGGACAAGGAGUACGUACGUCAGGGCCGCGAGGCGAUGAAGGUGCUGGAUCAGAUCUUGGGCCACGAGGACAUGUGGAGACUGGAGAGAGAGGACGGCGGGGACUGUGUUUACACGUUUGAAGUUCCAUAUCACGGGAAGAGCUUCAUUCUAAAGGCAAUGCUGCAGUGCCCGGCGGAGUUUGUGUAUCAGGAAGUGAUUUUGCAACCGGAGAAAAUGGUCACGUGGAACCGGACGGUGGCUGUAUGUCAGGUCCUGCAACGCGUGGACGACAACACCAUGAUCACCUACGACGUGUCUGCUGGAGCUGCCGGAGGGGUCGUCUCUGCCAGGGAUUUUGUAAACGUGCGUCGCAUUGAGAAAAAGGGGGAGAUGUACAUCUCAUCAGGCAUGUCAACCACUCACGACUCUCGGCCCCCGCUGACCAAGUACAUCAGAGGGGAGAACGGACCAGGAGGUUUUGUGGUGAUCAAGUCUCUUCGGAACCCCAAUAUCUGCACUUUCAUCUGGAUACUGAACACAGACUUGAAGGUCAGUGCCAUUUUGAGCUGCUUACCGUGAGGCACUGGGAUUGGG